AGGGAUUUCCCACCGCACCUGAACACAACACAGAGCCCUGCGGUUAAUCCUCCGGGUCCAGGUCCGCCACAGUCCGGGUCCUGGUCCAGCUCAGUCCAGGUCCAGCUCAGUCCAGGUCCAGGUCCAGGUCCAGGUCCAGGUCCAUCAUGGCGUCCAGGAGGUUCUUCGUGGGCGGGAACUGGAAGAUGAACGGGACCAGGGAGAGUCUCGCGGAGCUGAUGACGCACCUGAACACCUCCAACCUGCACGAGCAGACCGAGGUGGUCUGCGGCGCCCCCUUCGUCUACCUGGACUUGGUCCGGUCCGGUCUGGACCCUCGGAUCGGCGUCGCCGCCCAGAACUGUUACAAAGUCUCCAGAGGGGCGUUCACGGGCGAGAUCAGCCCAGCCAUGAUCAAGGACUGUGGAGUGGACUGGGUCAUCCUGGGUCACUCUGAGCGCCGCCACGUGUUCGGAGAAACUGAUGAGCUGAUUGGACAAAAGGUGGCUCAUGCUCUGGAGAAUGACCUGGCAGUGAUCGCCUGCAUUGGAGAGAAACUGGAGGAACGAGAGGCUGGCACCACCGAAGAAGUGGUGUUCGCUCAGACACAGGUGAUCGCAGAGAACGUGAAGGACUGGACUAAAGUGGUUCUGGCUUAUGAGCCGGUCUGGGCCAUCGGAACCGGGCAGACGGCCUCACCUGACCAGGCCCAGGAAGUCCACCACAAGCUGAGGGCGUGGCUUCGCACCAACGUGUCCGAUGACGUGGCCGACAGCGUCAGGAUCAUCUACGGAGGUUCAGUUACUUCUCUUAACUGCAGAGAACUUGCGUCUCAGGCUGAUGUGGACGGUUUCCUGGUGGGCGGAGCCUCGCUGAAACCGGAGUUUGUUGACAUAAUCAACGCUCGGGCGUAACGGGUCAGAACCGGAACCGGACGGAACCAAAGCGGGCUGACAGAACAUAUGACCAUAUUUGGGUUUUCCUGUGAGUGCAGUAGGUUGGACUGUUGGUCUGCAGAUGUAAAGUUUUUCUUCUGUGUUCGUGUUGACGUGAAAACCACCGUUUUUUUUUUCGUCUUGUGCAGAAAAUCUGUUAAAACUUCACAGAAACUUUUCAGUUUGAUCAGAUUUGUCAUGUUUAUUGUUAAUCAUCACAAAUAUUUCAUUUUCUAAUGUUGAUAUUAGAUGAGUUUAACUUAAACACAAAUAAGAAAAAUAGAACCGUAGAAAACAAUUACAGGGUUUAAAGUGUUUCCACGGUAACAGAGGGUGGAACCGUUCAGGACUGGAGUUUAAAAACCAACACAGCAACCACCCCCCCACCCCCCACCCCGAGAAAAACCUGCUUUUACACACAGCCAUAUAGAAGAAGGCGGGGCUACAAGAAGCUUUGGCCCGGUUCAUUUUCAGUGGGCGGGGCCAUCACUGUCGUGUAAACAAUAGGUGCAAACACAUAGAAAUGUCCGUGUAAACACACCCUGAGGACACUGAUGAACACACUGAUGCUGCAGCUCCUUCACAAUAAAAGCCCUGGGUGGAGUUAAUGUGUCCAAUAACACCUGCUCUGAAUGCAGCUCCUUCACAAUAAAAGCCCUGGGUGGAGUUAAUGUGUCUAAUAACACCUGCUCUGAAUGCAGCUACUUCACAAUAAAAGCCCUGGGUGGAGUUAAUGUGUCUAAUAACACCUGCUCUGAAUGCAGCUCCUUCACAAUAAAAGCCCUGGGUGGAGUUAAUGUGUCUAAUAACACCUGCUCUGAAUGCAGCUACUUCACAAUAAAAGCCCUAGGUGGAGUUAAUGUGUCUAAUAACACCUGCUCUGAAUGCAGCUCCUUCACAAUAAAAGCCCUAGGUGGAGUUAAUGUGUCUAAUAACACCUGCUCUGAAUGCAGCU